AUGACCAGAACCAAGAGAUGUGCUUCCCUCAUCUCACAUGGCCUUGUCUUUCUCUUUUCUCUUUUAUUUUUUCCUACACCAUCACUCUCUGUCUCCUUCAUUUACAAUGGUUUCAAAGGCCUAAACUCCGAUAACAUAACUUUGAACGGAGUUGCAGACAUCAUUCAUGGUGGCGUUCUCCAGCUCACCAACCAAACUUCUCGCUUGAUCGGCCAAGGGUUUUACCCGAAUCACAUCCGUUUCAAGAACCCCACCACUAAAACACCCCUUUCCUUCUCUACUUCCUUUGUCUUCGCCAUCGUGCCGGAAUACGCAAGGCUCGGUGGCCACGGUCUAGCUUUCACCGUCUCUCCGACCAGAGACCUUACCGGAGCUCAACCCAGUCAGUAUCUUGGACUCCUCAACGUCACCGACAAUGGGAACACAUCCAACCACUUACUUGCCAUAGAAUUUGAUACUGUUCAAGAUUUUGAAUUCUCUGAUAUUAAUGACAACCAUGUUGGAAUUAACAUCAACAGCAUGGCAUCAAACUAUUCCACCAAAGCUGGGUUCUUCGUUGAUGGCAAUUCAACAAAACAAGAUGUUAAUUUGAAAGGACGGCAAAAGAUUCAAGCUUGGGUAGAUUAUGACGCCCUAAAAGCCCAACUAAAUGUCACUAUUUCACUGCACUUGGAUAAACCCACUACGCCAAUCUUGUCUGUUCCCGUGGAUCUCUCGUCGGUUUUUCAUGAUUUCAUGUACGUGGGGUUUUCAGCCUCAACAGGUCUGCUUGCCAGCUCUCAUUAUAUCUUCGGUUGGAGCUUUAAUAUGGGGGGAAAAGCUCAAUCUUUGGAUCUUUCUAAUCUCCCUUCAAUACCAGGAGCUAGAAAGAACCACACAGGUUUCAUAAUCGGUGUUUCUAUUGCAGUCUUUUUAGCGCUCGUGAUUGCCAUUGCUGGUGUUGUUUUUGUGAUCAAGAAAUCAAAAGAAGUGGAUGAGAUUGAGGAAUGGGAGCUUGAUCUAGGCCCACAUAGAUAUUCCUACAAGGAGUUGAAGGAGGCUACUAAGGGGUUUAGAGAUGAAGAAUUACUUGGGUUUGGUGGAUUUGGGAGUGUUUACAAAGGGAUUUUGCCUAAUUCUAAAACCCUAGUGGCAGUUAAGCGAAUUUCAAAUGAAUCAAAACAGGGGAUGAGAGCAUUUGUAUCAGAGAUCUCGACUAUUGGCCGACUCCGGCAUAGGAAUUUGGUUCAGUUGUUAGGUUGGUGUAGAAAGGGAGGAAUUUUGUUGCUUGUAUAUGAAUUCAUGGCUAAUGGUAGCUUAGAUAAGUACAUUUAUGAUGAUCCUAAAUUUGUUUUAACUUGGGAAGAAAGAUUCAAGAUCAUAAAGGGCGUAGCUCUUGGGUUGUUGUAUUUACAUGAAGAAUGGCAGCAGACUGUGCUUCAUAGAGACAUUAAAGCAGGGAAUGUAUUAUUAGACUCGGAGCUAAAUGGACAUUUAGGUGAUUUCGGGCUGGCUAAGUUAUGUGAACAUGGAUCACACUCGAACACAACAAAAGUGGUUGGCACAUUAGGUUAUUUGGCUCCUGAGUUAACACGAACAGGUAAGCCCACCACAAGCUCAGAUGUGUUUGCUUUCGGGGCUUUAUUGUUAGAGGUGGUGUGCGGGAGGAGACCUAUUGAGCAAAAGGCGUUGCCUGAGGAGCUCAUUUUGGUGGAUUGGGUGUGGGACAAGUGGACAAAACGGGAAGUUCUAGAGGUCGUUGAUUCAAGGUUGAAUGGUCAGUUCAAUGAGGUCGAGGUUUUGGUGGUUAUCAAGCUAGGGCUAAUGUGUUCUAGUAAUGCACCUUCCGCGAGGCCUGCUUUGAGGCAGGUUAUCAGGUACUUGGAAGGGGAGGUUCCCUUGCCUGAAGGUUUACCUUCGCCAUGUGAGGGUGGUGAAAAGGACGGUCACAUGGUGGAGAUUGAAGAUUAUGUGCAUUCUUAUCCAUCUUCGUCUUUUCUAGACAAGGUAAGCAACUGGUCAGCGGGAGUUGAGGAAGGGUAUGUUGAUGUUGAAGCCAUUCCGGCUUCACCACUCUCGAUUUCCAGCAAGGAGGAGAACAAGUGCUCAUGAGAGAGUUAGACAGCUGUUUCUCUUUGCUUUAAGAUGAUAAUUUUUGGGCUUGUUUUGGUUUUCUUUCUUCUAGUUUUCAGUUCUGUAGUUUGCUGCUUGUAACUAGUUCUGUUCUUUUUGUUGUUAGAUUCAAGGAUUAUGCCUCUCUCUCUUCUAA